CUAUGUUAUGUUUGAUUAAUACUUUAUCUCUUUUAGGAAUUUAAUAAAAUUAAACCUACAGGUAAAACGCACGUGCAAACAAAAUUUAAGUUCCAGAUAACAGCGAGAAUUUUCGGCAAGUACUCACAAAUACAAUUUCAAAAAAAAAUUGGCAAUACACUGAAUACAUAAAUAAAAAUGUUAAGCCGCUGGGAAGUCAUUUUCAAAAAUGAAGAAAUCUGCUCAAUUUCGUUUGUUUGUUGUUCAUCUUGCCAUUGCUGAUUGCUUUUACGCUGUUGUAUCUCCUAUACAUUUAAUAUAUUUGCUAGUAACCAAUAACAAAUGGACUGUUGGUAAAGAACUAUGCAAAAUACUGUCAGUCUCAGGACCGUUAACGGUAAACGUCAGUGCAUGGAUAUUGUGUCUAAUGGGAUACGAAAGAUAUCGAGCAAUUUGUCACCCGUUUGCUAGACGUUUUUCAAAAAAAAUGAUUCAUGUUUCGGUUGGGUUGAUCUGGAUUGCUUGCAUUGGAUUAAAAAUGCUUACUUUUAUUAGAGCCAAUGUUACAAAUGACGAGUGUUAUCUACAUUUUGAUGGAUUAGCGGAGCAGACAAUUAGUGCAGGCGUGUCUCUUUUGGCAGAAAGCAUUCUUCCAAUUAUUGUAUUAUCUUAUUAUUUAGUACGAGUGACCAUAACCAUGAAAAAAAGAUCUAAAUUGUUUCAAACUAAUGACGAUAAUUCUAUCUGCUUGAGAAAAGAUUCACGCAACAAUUCGUCAAACUCUUUAAUAACACAUGAAAACCAUUCUGUAAUUAACGAUAAUAAAAUUUCUAAUAGUAAAAAAAAUAACUCAAGUAAUUUUCUUCAAGUAGCUUCUAGCACUAACAAUAAUCUUUUGAAAAACGAUGUAAAUUGUUUCAGUGAGAUAGAAAUGAAUGAUUUAAAUACAAAAGCUCCGUUAAAAAUUUCAAAGAAAAAAAACACUUUAAUGUUGUGGAACUUCAUAAGAAGAAAAAAUCCUGUCAUUAAGCUGGUAAUUACAUCUAGCGUAACAAAAAGAAUCUCUUCUAACAAAGCAGAUCGAGAAAUUAUCAUCGUUUUUUUUUUGGCUGUGCUUAUGUUUGUGAUAACAACGUUUCCUUUCACUUUAAAUUAUUUUAUCGCUUGCUAUCUGCUAAGUUAUUCUUUCAGUGUUGAACAAGUUCUAAAAUAUGGUCCUACAAUGGAAAAGACAAGUGACUGGUUAGCUUUUCUUGUUCUCUCUGGUUGUGUAUCCAAUGUAAUAAUUUAUAGCGGAAAGUUCCCCGAUUUUCGUUAUCAAAUUUAUAAAUGGGCUAACAAUAUUUUAGUCAAAAUAUGUUCAAAAGUUGAUUUUAGAAAAAUAAACAAUGAAGUUUUAGAAUCAAGUUUGUAGAACAGGUUGGACAGAUUUUUAUCAAAAGCAGGUUCAAUAUUGACUGGUUUUUGUUAAAUAAUUAAUUCAUUACAAAACUGUUUAGUUGAAAAAACGUUUUUUUAACAACUAAUUCUAAAAGUGAAAAAAAUUUAACUACAAUUAAGUAUAUAAUUUAUUAUUCUUAUAUACUCAAAGUAUAUUACAAGCAUCUUUAUGAUACUUAUAACGAUUUAUAUCAGUUAUAAUUUUGCUAUAAUGAAUAAAUUUUAAUAAAUCAAAGUUA